AUGGUCAGACCCGGAUCUGACCUCAUUCUAGUGAAAUGCGCCUGGACACGAACCAAAGACGUUCUCCAUGAUAUCGCCAACAAUAACACCGGAACUACACUUGGACGCAUAGAAGAUGCCACAGGGGUUUCCACGGAAUUCGAUAACCUUCUAAACACCAUCAAUGGCUCCAAUUACUCGUCUUUGGAAACCCCCGGGUCUUUGUUCCCCGGUGACGCGUCGAUGUCGACUGCUGCUGGCUGUGACAGCUGGCAACCUUCGUCCGAGCCUUCUACGAUGAUAUACAACCCCGUCGAGAUCCGAGGACCUUGUGAAAAACCGCCUCAGCUUCGGCUCCUGACCACAUCAGUUGAGCAGCUUGAGAAUCCAUUCCGUGAUUCCUUGGAAAACUCGAAGGCAGCAACUGAACCCAAGGGUCAAAUCCACGCCUCAUGCCCUUCCACGGAAACCCCUUCAAUAAUCAAAUUGCCGAUCAUGUCAUUCAAGAAUCCGAUCCCUCAAACUCUCCCAGAAAUUGAAACAACGGACAAUCGAGUCGUGUCAAAAAUUCCGGAUGUCAAAAAUAUGGUCCUCGAUGUUCAUCUUCCCUUCGCGCCGAAAAUCUCGGAUUUUCUUUCAUUCCCUGGAAAUAAGCAACAAAAGCCAGUAUCAGUGAAGCUCUUGUUUCAAGCAGAUGAUGCCAAUACAUCGAAUGGAUUCGCAAUGUUGAGCUAUCUAUUCGCGAACAAGGAGAGGCAUCACUGGGAACCCGAAUUGAAGUUAUUCGCAGUUCCCGGAGAUAAUCAGAUUGUUCUCGAUUUUGCUAUUCCCGAUGCUGACUUCGCAGGACUGACACUACAAGAGGUGGUGGUUGACAACUGCUGCGACAAGAGGAUCAAGACUCAAUUAUCAAGCGGUGAUACUAAGCUGGAAGAGGAAGAGUCAACCAGUGAAAGCACGAAAAGUUCCAGUAAAAUUCUCGUCAACACUAUGAAGUUCAAAUCACCUUCGGAAUCGGGAAACGAAUCACUGGAUCACGAUAAAAUCAAGGACACAACCAUAUCACAAUCCGGCAUCUUGAAACUUUCAAGAUCAUCCCAGUCAUCCGAUGAUCAACAGCAGCAGCUGAACUCCGUGGAGUCAAUCACCAGCAGGAAUAAAUCCCUGAAACGCGUGGCUUUCAGGGAUCGAGUCCGCUUCGGAAGUCUCAAAUCAAAUCUUCCCAUCAAUUCCAAGAAAUACACCAAUCACUCACUGGAUAAUGAAAUCACCGGCGACAACCGCUGGAAGCGAACAAUCAGGCCGGUCUCUGAGCUAGUGGAUCACGAGGCGAGCAGAAGGAGGUCCAGACUAAUGAGAAAUUACUUCAACGGCGGACCUUUUCCGGUUGAUGUUGCUACAUCGGAAGUGACUGAUGAUGGGAUCCAGAUGAGCACCUCGAGUCGCAAUCGGUACUUGAGAACAAGCAGAGGCUUCGAGCGCAUCUUGAAACGGUCCAGAGCAAAGACGGAGUUCAACAUUGAUUGUAUCAAAAAGACCGAUUCAUCGCUUCAAAGAUGAUUUGAUUUACCUGUGGGAAGCUGAAUUCGAUUAUUUGGUCCGUAGACUGAGAACUCAGAAAUAUAUCACAUUCCAAGCAGAUA